GAUAUUCAACUAUCAACUUCUACGUAGAUUAUGCGACGUAGCGAGCCUAGGCGCACAGCGCCUCGAGCGCGCAUAAUAAUUAUGGAGAUGCGGAUGUGGGCUACAUGGGAGGAAAGGGUAGCCAAGGUUAACACUACUGUCAACUUACCGCGCCCUCGCUUAAUGAGGAGUGAUUGUCCAAUUAGAUCAUCAGGAUUCCUCGAAUUUAAUCCAACAUUCACACUUACUCUCUAAUAUAAAAUUCAAUUAAGUUAGCUAUUCUAUUCAAUAAGGCUUCACCAUUCAAGGUAUAUCGCACGGACCACAUUGGCGCCGUAAGUCGGCAGUCUAGGGGAUAGUGGGGAGAGGCACAGCAAAGGUCAAGAGCAGCUACUCCCUUUGCUACUAAUUUCUUUGAUUAAAUCCACAUCCGAUUCUCUACAAGAGACUACCUCUGCAUUCAACCAGGUAUAAAUUAUUAUCUCAUAUCAAACCGAGCAGAUUGCAGGUAGGCAAUGACUACAGCCGAUAUAUUUUUUUCUCACAGCCUACCUACUUCCCUUCCCACUUACAAAAGAAAACCGCAGCAAAUCUGAUUACAUAUAUAUAAUUCAUCUAGCAACUCUAUUUUCCGGUGCCGGAAUCAUCCCGAACACACAUCUCGGAAACCAGACAUGAUUCUAGAAACCAUUAGCGGACUCGGUCUGAUGUAUUUGAUAUGGAGCAUCAUUGCGAUGGAAAUCAAUUAUCGCCGUGCCUCAACCAUGGGAAUUCCUCUCGUCCGGCUGUUCGUGGACCCAAUGAACAUGACUUGGCUAAUCUUGGAGCCAUCUCUCUGGCGUCUCCUUGACCGAUUGCCCAUAGAUUUCGGUAACUUCGGUCACUAUUCACGUCGAGGCUGGCAUUUUCACGACAAAGCAACAUCCCAUUUGAAAUACGGUCCAGUCGAUGCACGUGUCGCCCCUUGCGAUGUAUAUGUUUAUUGUGCGGAUCCUGAUGCCAUCCAUGAGAUAUUUGCUCGACGUGGAGACUUUCUUCGUCCAACUAAGAUGUGUAGUAGGUUAUCAGGAGCUUUUACAAUCAACAAAAGGAAGUCAAUCUAGCACUACUUGAGGUUUACGGGCCAUGUAUAUCUACAGCAAGUUGGUCCGAGUGGUCAAGGCACAGGAAAGUCUUAGCGACAUCCUUCAACGAGAAUAUCAUGUAGUUUGUUUGGCAGGAGUCACUCAAGCAAGCGAGAGACAUGUUGAAGAUGUGGACUCAAACUUCAACACCUCGAGAGAUAUCCACUGCUAAGGAUACACGAACUAUUUCUUUGCAUGUGCUCGCUGCAACCGGGUUUCGAAAAUCGUACAAGUUUCGCAGCUCUAGCGAAGCCGGACACGAUGAAUCUGGCAGUUAUCGCGAUGCGUUGCAAACUGUCUUGGACAAUGCGAUACUGAUCGUGAUCAUUCCUUUUCGAUAUUUACUGCUGCCUUUUAUACCACAAUCCUGGAGACGAGUAGGUCGAGCGGCCGCGGAUUUCAAGAAAUAUAUGGAGAAUGUGUUGGACGAGGAAUCCUCCUCGCUCAAAGAAGGAAAGGCCGGCAAUGGAACUUUGAUGGCAUCUUUGGUGAGAGCUUUAGGGGCUCAUCAAAAAGAGGAAGUUGCUUCAUCUCGACAGACAGCACAAUCACCUUCCAAAGGUCUCACGGUUGAUGAAAUAUUUGGGGAUAUCUUUGUAAUCAACUUCGCUGGGCACGAUACUACUGCAAAUACGUGAGUUUUCAGCAUGAUUCUGCUUGCAGCCCAUCCCGAAGUCCAAGAUUGGGUUGCGGAAGAGCUGCGACAUGUCAUUCGAGAUUCUGAUGAAGGUCUGGAAUACGAAAAGGUGUUCGAGAAGCUCAAUAGAUGUACAGCUGUCUUGGUAUUUGCAACUGAUUGUCUUCUCUUCUAAUUAUCUUGUUCAAUUUAACCCGUUCAUUCUGACUCUUAAUAUAGCUUGAGACCCUGAGACAGUUUCCCCCCAUCAUGGCACUGCCGAAGUGGAGCAACGAUAAUCCACAGGUACUCAAGGUAGAGGAUAGAACAAUAGUUAUACCGCCCCGUACGGGAGUAAUGCCUAGUAUACUUGGAUUGCAAAUGCAUCCAAAGUACUGGGAUGAUCCUCUGACUUGAAACCCAUCGCGUUGGAUUGAAUCUUCGUCAGACUCGACUUCUCAAACUACUCUAUUGAGUACAGAAAAAAAUCAUAGCCCCUGCUGGCAGUACAUUUUCCCCUUGGUCUGAUGGCCCACAAAAUUGUCCGGGACAGAAGUUCUCUCAGGUCGAAUUUGUUGCCGUUCUAGCAUAGCAGUCUUGUUGCGGGAUCACAAAGUGAGUGUUGUUCAGAACGAUGACGAAAGCCCUCAGAAGGCAAGAGAGAGAGCCUUGGCAGCAACACAGGACUGCAACAUGGAGUUGCUUUUGAGGAUGCGUGAUGCCGAUCAAGUACGUUUGAUUUGGAAGAAAGUGUGAGAACGAUCAUGGUGGCAGUUGUGGAUUUGACACCAUUUGAAGAAAGAAAAAAGAAAGAAAGAAAGAAAGAAAGAAGAAAUAGAAUACGAUUUCACAAGAUGGAUGAGAUUAAUAGAGGAGACGCAAAUGAGAUCACACACACAGAAAAGAGAAAUUGUAAGACACCCAGAGAGUGGGAGUUGGGGUUUUCA